AGACCUCUCUCCUCUCCUCCAUUAUCACUGCACUUGGAUUCUCUCUCUCUCUCUUUCUCUCUCUCUCUCUUUAUCCCAGAUGAAGCCUUCGUCUCCGUUUGGCAAGAGGGGAAGUUCUCCGGUGGGGCCGUUCGCCUUCCAACAUGUUGGAGACGGCGACCUCGAGGCUUCCAUCACCGUUGAUACUGGUGGCAGACGGCCCCAGAGGCCAAGGUUUGGGGAGCUCCUCCAACACGUCGAGGAAGCUCGCUCCCCAACACCCACGUUGCCGGACCGUCAGCCCGCCGAGCUGGACCGGCGAGAACAAGCUGUUCCCUUCGUUUUAUCGUUCGCCGACUUGACUUAUAGUGUUCAGCUACGUCCUGGGAUGCUCGCCGGAGGGUGCAAGAGAACGCUGCCAUCCACGACCGCGGAGUCGGUCGAGGCGGCCAGCAAGUUCUCCGACACCAAGACGUUGUUGAACAGAGUCACCGGCGAGGCGCGAGACGGGGAGAUAUUGGCGGUGCUGGGCGCCAGCGGGUCGGGAAAGUCGACGCUCAUCGACGCGCUCGCCAACCGAAUCGCUAAGGAGAGCCUCCAAGGCACCGUGAAGCUCAACGGCGAGGCGGUCGGCGAGCGUCUGAUGCGCUCAAUCUCUGCCUAUGUGAGGCAGGACGACCUCCUCUUUCCGAUGCUCACCGUUGAGGAAACGCUCUCGUUCGCCGCGGAGUUCAGGCUGCCCCGGACACUGCCCAAGGAGAAGAAACAGAGUCGUGUGCAGGCCCUCAUUGAGCAGCUCGGCCUGCGCCGGGCUGCCAAGACCAUCAUUGGAGACGAGGGCCACCGGGGCGUUUCCGGUGGGGAGAGGCGACGUGUCUCGAUCGGAAUCGACAUCAUUCACGACCCAAUCCUUCUGUUUCUGGACGAACCCACCUCCGGUCUCGACUCCACCAGUGCAUUCAUGGUCGCCAAGGUCCUGCAGAGGAUUGCCCGCACCGGCAGCAUCGUCAUCAUGUCCGUCCAUCAGCCGAGCUAUCGAAUCGUCGGCCUCCUCGAUCGAAUGAUCUUCCUAUCACGUGGCAAUGCCGUCUAUAGCGGCCCUCCGGCUCAACUCCCGGCUUUUUUGGCCGAGUUUGGCAGUCCGGUGCCGGAGAACGAGAACCAAAUAGAGUUCGCUCUUGACCUCGUUCGCCAGCUCGAAGCGAGCACUGGUGGGAUCAAAGUUCUGGUUGACUUCCACAACAACUGGAAAGCGACCAGGUUUGCUCCAUCUCUUCAGUCGAACAAGAAAGGAGGCUUGACGCUGAAGGAAGCAAUCAGCGCCAGCAUCUCUCGAGGGAAGCUCGUCUGCGGAAAUGCUACCCAGGGCAGGCAGAACUCGUCGGAGUCGAUGCCGGAAUUUGCAAACCCAUUGUGGAAGGAGACCGCCAUACUGACGAAGCGCUCGGUGAUGAACACCCGCCGGUUGCCGGAGCUCUUCUUCAUGCGCCUCGCCGUAGUGAUGGUCACGGGUUUCAUCCUCGCCACCAUCUUUUGGCGCCUCGACUCCUCGCCCAAGGGAGUUCAGGAGCGCCUCGGCUUCUUUGCCUUCGCUAUGUCCACGACCUUCUACACCUGCGCAGAUGCACUGCCGGUGUUCCUUCAAGAGCGCUACAUAUUCAUGAGAGAGACUGCCUAUAACGCCUACCGCCGUUCCUCCUACGUCCUCUCCAACGCCAUCGUCGCCGCCCCGCCGCUUGUCCUCCUCUCCCUCGCCUUUUCCCUCAUUACCUUCUUCGCCGUCGGCCUUGCAGGUGGCGGGGAGAGCUUCCUCUACUUCUUCGCUAUAACCUUCGCCUCCUUCUGGGCAGGAAGCGGCUUCGUCACCUUCAUCUCCGGCGUCGUCUCGCAGGUCAUGCUGGGCUAUAUCGUGGUCGUCGCUGUGCUAGCCUAUUUCCUCCUCUUCAGCGGCUUCUUCAUCAACAGGGACAGGAUACCUUCCUACUGGCUCUGGUUCCAUUACCUCUCGUUAGUGAAGUAUCCCUACGAAGGAGUGCUGCAGAAUGAGUUUGAGAGCACGUCGAAGUGCUUCUCAACGGGAGAGCAGAUGUUCGACAACACGCCGCUGAAGGGGCUGAGCGCCGCCACGAAGGCGGAGCUGCUUCAAUCGCUCAGUAGCUCGCUGGGGAUGAACGUGACCAUGAGCACAUGCGUGACGACGGGCAUGGACAUACUCAAGGACCAGAGCAUCACGCAGCUGAGCAAGUGGAAUUGCUUCUGGGUCACGGUGGCGUGGGGGUUCCUCUUUAGGUUUCUUUUCUACGUUGCCCUGUUGAUUGGCAGCAAGAACAAGAGAAGGUGAAGAAGAACUAAUCGAUGGUUGUGUUGCAGAGGCUUCUAUUUUUGGUCAUUGGAUUUCUUUGGUGGUAGCUAAAUUUGAUAACCUAUUUUUUAAUUUUUUAAUCGAAUGAAUUUCUUUAAUGUAAUUACUUGUGAUCGAUGUUGUAAUCAUCCGGUGAAAAUACAAAAAUAUAUUCCAAGUAAUAUCAUCUUCUUUCGUCGCUUUGCUUCUUAGAAAUUUUCAAAUUUAUGUGGAGACAUCUGGUAGUUUAGUUGCUUCAAGUGAUCUCAAGUACCCAAAUCAAA